UUAAAGCCUAUACAUUCCCCAGCGCGCUCCCAAGUGUUACGUGUGACAGGCAUACAAAUCCGGACUAGAGAGGGAGAGAGAGAGUGAAGAGAGACCCAGUGGAGGGCUAUGGUGAUUGUCUCUUGGGAUUUACAAACACACCCCGCUCGCUCCGGGUGGCUCCGAUCGCAGGAGGGCUGCUCUGUUUUGUCUGCGUUACUUUGACCUGGCGUUGCACUGUCUGAGAAAUUAACCAGCGCGCAAAGAGUGUGAAGGAGGGAGGGGGGAGCCCACAUAUUUUUUAAAGAUAGAAUUUUGCAUGUUGAUCUGAAGCCGAGAGCAAACGAGGAAUAUGAACAGGAAAACCAGGCGCUGGAUAUUCCACAUCGUUCUGAGCCUAGGGAUUGUCUAUAUCAAAAUUGGGGGUUUUUCCUCCGUGGUGGCUCUGGGGGCCAGCAUCAUCUGUAACAAGAUCCCCGGCUUAGCUCCGAGACAGAGGGCGAUCUGUCAGAGCAGACCCGACGCCAUCAUCGUGAUCGGAGAGGGCUCCCAAAUGGGAAUCAAUGAGUGUCAAUUCCAGUUUCGCAACGGACGGUGGAAUUGCUCGGCCUUGGGGGAGAGGACGGUCUUUGGAAAAGAGCUGAAAGUGGGUAGUAGAGAAGCAGCUUUCACCUAUGCCAUCAUUGCUGCAGGAGUAGCACAUGCAAUCACUGCCGCCUGCACCCAGGGGAACCUGAGCGACUGUGGCUGUGACAAGGAAAAACAGGGACAAUACCACAAAGACGAAGGAUGGAAAUGGGGAGGCUGCUCUGCAGACAUCCGCUAUGGAAUAGGAUUCGCCAAGGUGUUUGUGGAUGCCAGGGAGAUUAAACAGAAUGCAAGGACGCUCAUGAACUUGCACAACAACGAGGCGGGGCGAAAGAUCCUUGAAGAGAACAUGAAAUUGGAAUGCAAGUGUCAUGGAGUGUCAGGAUCAUGUACUACUAAAACCUGCUGGACAACUCUACCUAAAUUCAGGGAGCUGGGAUACAUCCUUAAAGACAAAUACAAUGAAGCUGUUCAGGUUGAACCAGUAAGGGCAAGUCGUAAUAAGCGUCCAACUUUCCUGAAGAUAAAGAAGCCACUCUCCUACCGUAAACCCAUGGAUACAGAUUUAGUGUACAUAGAGAAAUCACCUAACUACUGUGAAGAGGACCCUGUGACUGGCAGUGUGGGAACACAAGGGAGAAUGUGCAACAAAACAGCUCAGCAGACCAAUGGCUGUGAUCUGAUGUGCUGUGGACGAGGUUAUAAUACUCACCAGUAUUCAAGAGUGUGGCAGUGCAACUGUAAAUUUCAUUGGUGCUGUUAUGUUAAAUGUAAUACAUGCAGUGAACGAACAGAAGUGUAUACCUGUAAAUGAAAACGUGGCUUGGGAUGGGGUAUCUAUGGCCCUGGAAUGAACACAUUUUUUGCACAUACGCUCAGUGUACCUAUACAAGACUGUAGCAAAGACCCAUGCUGAUUCCAAAAGAAAAGCUAGCAAGUGGAUCCUAUCUUUCCCUCUGACAUGUCAGCACUUCAUGGAUACUCUUCAAAAACAGAGAAAUAAGCCAAAACCAACAGCAACUUUCUAAAAAGGAAGCAGAAACAAACAAGAUACCUGAUACAAGAAAACGAAGCAAGAAAAAAAAUGGUCUCAAAUGAUCUGCGCCUUCAAAACAUAAUUUAUUGACUGCCUUAAAGGGAAAAAGUACUUGUCAAGACCUUGGCAAUAUGCCUCCUGGGACUGGAUGAGAGAGAUCUUGAAAUACACAAGUCAUGGUGCAAAAAGGGAGGGCUGGAGAAACAAAACUUUACUUUAACAUGGUCUUUGCACAGGAUGGGGUGACAAUGCGCCAGAGUGAAUUUUGACUUAAGAGUGUGGAUUAUGCAGAUUUAGGGAUUUCUACACUUGUGAAAAGCUUCUGCUGGUCGUUUCUGUCUUUCCAUUUUUCAGACAAUGCGUUACAGCAAGUAGAUUUGUUGAUGUUUUCCAUAUAGACACUGGUUUAUCUGCCUUUUGUUGUGCUGCAGAUUUUAGCACAGGGAUUUGGGACAUCUGGGCAUAAUAAUAAUAGCAAUAUUUAACAAUUUAUCAAGAUAAAACUAAUAUUAAUUUAUUUAAUUAAAAAAGAACUCUGCCAACAUUUUGGGAGCCAUUCUGCAAUUAAAGUAGAUAGCCUGCUUUUUGUGGAAUAAUUUUGUAGAUAUGGCAAGGGAACAACAACAACAACAAAACCCUUGAGCUGUAUAUAUUAUUCUUUACUCAGAUAUUUCUACUAGUUUAAUUGCGGGAUAUUUUUUCUGCAAUAAUAGAUAGUAAGUACAAAAGCAGGCAUCUUUUAUAAAUUUUUUUGGCUGUUUGCUGCUAGUUGUCUGGAAUCUCAAACUGAUAGUCAUUUUCGCUUAGUUACCAUCAGUAUCUAACCUUUUCCAGUUUAAAAAACAAAGGAGCAUUACAAAAAUCCAAUUGGAACAAUGCAUCACAUAUAAAUGCAAAAAUCCAGACAAAUUUUCAUCAUUGGAAAAUGAACCAUAGGAUAAGAGAGUAUAUUUUGUAAGAGACUAUUUUUAUAUGAAUAUUUUAUUUAUACUAUGUCUGCUUGUAUAAUUCUAUAACCUGUACUUUUUCUCAAAACAGGCACAUAAUUUGUAAUUCUUAGGCUAUUUAACAGAUAACGGCUGAUUACUUUGUUGAUAUGAAAGUAGCAUUUGGGUUGCAUUCAACCACCACUGGAGGAUGUACAAAAUACAGGAUGAAUUUUUCUCUCCGGAUGUAUGUACAAAAUGGCUCUUUUCCUGCAGUUCAAUUUGCAGAAUGGGCAGAACAAGAACAGGGUAUGUAGCACUGGUUUAGUCACAUGGCUUGAAUUCAUGGUUGGUAUUAACUGGAUGCUCUUUUAUCCCAUUCAGAAAAAAAAAUCUGAAUUAGCUUCCCAGAUGCAUCAGUCAUUAAACU